UCCUGGCAAUCGAUCAUAUCGACACCAGUCUAACUCGAGCAGGCGUUCAGCUAUCAUCUUUUUUUUCGGUGCUUUUUUCAAUAUUCUUCUCCAAAAUGUGCAAAAAUUUCGCAGUGAUGUCUCUAGCCUAUGUCGCUAUAUUUAUGUUAACUUUGGUGCAUUGUGAAGAAGAUGUAUCGAACAUUAACUUGGAUUUUCAAAGCAAAGAUGUUAAUGUCGGCCGUACAUUCGGGCACAAUGCUUUGAAGCGACUCUCCUUCAUCUUCUUACCAGUGAUGUUCACACUGGGAGUAAUAUCUACACUACUCAUGGCUUUGGCUAUUAUAUCCGUAAAGAAUCUCGCAAUUGGAGUCAUCCUUCUCAUUGUAUCUAUUAGCCAGGCCGUAUCAAGGUUAUUCUCUGCUGGAGUAGCUCCUGCCCCUCUCGUGUUCCAUCCACGAGCUGAAAUUCUACCCGCGCCUGCAUUACCAGCCCCAUGGCCUGCAUCUGGACCACUCCUAUCCCCUUGGGGCAGAUCUGACGACGCACCUAUAUCUGAUUAGAGAUACACGAAAAUAGAGCGAAAAAUGUCGAAAAAAAAAAGAAUUUAUACAAUUUUUGUUUGUAUAUUUCAUGCAUUUAUUAGACUUUAAAGCAUGUCUUUACAGUUUUUACAGCACAAUGCAGUGUAUAAGUACAUAUAUUAGUGCAACCUUCGUCUGUCUCUCGCGAACCACAAUAUUUGUGAAAGACAGACGACGACUUAAGAGUAGUAU